AUGUCACUUUCCUCCGUAUACCGGCUCCAACACUCACUCCUCAACCGCACGGCAGACAACAUUAUAUCUACAAUGAGCUCUCGGCCAUUCACUUGCACCGAAUGCUCCCAGACCUUUACCAGAAAUGAAAACCUAGAACGACACAAACGCUCCAGACAUGGAAGCGAUAGUCGCAGGCCUUUCAAGUGCCAUACAUGCCGAGCACGAUUUACUAGAAAAGACGUCUGCAAGCGUCAUGCAGAAAGAUGUCGUGGUGUAUUUGGUCGCGUCCUGACAGUGCCUGCUGCAGGCGUAGAGACUGAAGAAACCGGGCUCGCGCUGGAUGAGACUGUGUUAUCGUCACAUAGCCCAGAACUUGGCGGUUCGCCAAGUUUAGACGCUCCAAUCAGCACUAUGAUCACUACAAUUGACGAAAAUUAUAGUGAUAGCUCGCCGGAGAAUGGAGAGGCUGCAAACUCCCAAGACUUGUUCACAACAGAAAUUGUGAUACAAAACACUGAUAAGUACGUAACUGCUUAUUUUGAGAAUUUUCACCCAUCUUUUCCACUUUUGCAUCGCCAAAGUGUGUGCAAAGAUAUACCCAAGCUUUCAAAACCAAUAAUUGUCUCUAUCGGCAUUCUGUACGCGUCCAGUCAUCUCCCGGAAAAAGAAGCCGUUCUUAAAGUACAGCAGAGUCAAUCACUGUGGAUGGAAAGCCAAGAAAAACUUUGGAGUUUGGUGGAGUUGGAUUGGAGGGAAAUCCGAAGGACCUGGGUCAUGCAAGCUUGGCUUCUACACAUUAUCUAUGGCGCCUUCACUGGAAAUGCAACCCAUUUUGAAAAGGCGAAAAGGAUGCUGCGUUGGGUUGUUGAUGCUGCCCGUGACUUGGGUCUUCUUCGCCAGAGCGUCUUUACAUCAACAACGAGAUACAACGACGGUGAAGAACAAACUAUCCACGACCACUGGAUGUCCUACGUGGAGUCAGAAUCUAUGAAGCUAUGCAUGUACACGAUACUGUUCCUCGACAGUCACAUAUUCUCUCCAUGCAACAUACGCCCACUUACUUCACCUAUUGAGCUGGACUGGGAACUACCCCUGCCUGGUGCACUUUGGGAAGCGGAUACAUCACUGAGCUGGGCCCAAAAGCUCGGUGACGAACCCCGAACGCUAUACUUGAUCCGGUCUCACGACACAUCUGGCAUGUCAUGCCCCACGACCAAGUCUCUAAACCUAGCCAUUCAGUCACUCAUGACCGACACUCCGAGCCCUCAGCUACUAGCGGCGCUGAGAGCUUCUACUAUGGCAACGUUGUUCAUACUCACCAGCCUAGAGAGUCUGGUUAGAGAUUUUACGCGGUGUUACUACCAAAUGCCGCCUGCCCUGGCAGACCCAAACGCAUUCCAUAUCCUCACGCAAUCUCAGAAUAGACAGGUGAGUGCGGCUUUGCGGUACGCAGCUGAAAUUAUCACGACGCAACUUACAGAAGCGAACACUUCGAACUGGCACAUUUUAAAAUUUGCCGAGAGAAUAGCGCUGUCGGUCAAGCUAGCGCUAUGUAAACCGGACGACCUCCUCAUUGGCGGCAUAGUAGAGAAUAGCGUGGUAGCUGGUCUCACAACUGCAACACAUCUCACGCUUGGGCUUCAGAUUGGAGCGCGGAGAUCUUUGCAGAACCUCCUUCGAUACAAUUCCGGGGAUGACGGCAUGCUGGUCUUCCUCGACGAAUUGAUGGAUGUAUUAUACAGUGCCGGCCGUCCCGAAAAACAUGGCUUCUUGUGCGAAGCGCCAUGGGCUACUGUUGCUACAUACAGAGUCCUCUUAGCUAUCUGGAGACUGCUGCGCUGGGCAUCCGGAGAGAUACGCCGAAAAUCUGGAUUAGAAACAAGCGUUCGGAACCGCUUCGAAGCCUCGACAAUAGUCUUCCACUCCAUCCUUGAGGUCCUCAAUCAGUCGGAGGAGCUAAAUGGCCAGUCCCGAUGUGUCUCCUUGCCGGCUCGGGAGCCUACCGCAUUAGGCAUGGCUUCGGAGGCAUGUGAGGCACGCUUCAUGGAGACGGUACUACAAUUCUGGAAGAACAGGCCGGUAUGGGCCAUGGGUUCUUUUAUGACAACAGUGCUGGAAGAGAUCAUCUCGGCUGGUGGUUUGGCUUAUGAGUUGCGGGGCGCGGAGUGA